GGAGGGGGCUGCCUUCAAUGGCCAUGGCUGCACCGAAACCCUCCUUUUCGCACGCACCCCGUCGCUCAACCCUCUCUCUCUCUCUCUCUCUCGCUCUCUCGCGCUUGCGCUGCUGCUCCGCCAUAGCUUAGCUAGCUCGUAACCAUGGUGCUCAAGACUGAGGUGUGCAGGUUCUCCGGCGCCAAGAUCUACCCUGGGCGGGGGAUCAGGUUCAUCCGGAGCGACAGUCAGGUGUUCCUGUUCCUCAACAGUAAGUGCAAGCGGUACUUCCACAACCGGCUGAAGCCCGCUAAGCUGUCAUGGACGGCAUUGUUCAGGAAGCAGCACAAGAAGGACCUUCACGACACCACCGUGAAGAAGAGACGCCGCACCACCAACAAGCCGUACUCUCGGUCCAUCGUGGGAGCCUCGCUUGAGGUGAUCCAGAAGAAGAGGACGGAGAAGACGGAGGUGCGUGCCGCAGCUCGCGAGGCGGCGUUGCGGGAGAUCAAAGAGAGGAUCAAGAAGACGAAGGAUGAGAAGAAGGCGAAGAAGGCCGAGGUGGUGAAGACGACGAAGGGAGCGGGGAAGCAGGUGGCACGGGGUCCCCAGCCCAAGGCUGGCAAGACCGGCGCUGGAGGCAAGCGUUAAGGGCGGCAGUAUGCAGGGCAAGCAAUGAGAACUUCAUGUCUUGUGGCAUUGUUCAAUUUAUGGCUAAUCUAAUUCUCGUAAUGCACACUUAAGUUGGCAACCACAAUGGUUUGUUAGUGUUCCCCACUG